AUAGAGAGAGAAAACUGAGAAAAGAAAAGAAAAGAAAGAACAAGUCGUAUCUCUUUCUGUUUCUCUGUCUAUAAAUACAAGUCUAAAUUUUCGCUAAGCAGCUUUUUCAUUCUUAAACACACAAAAACACAGACACACACACACACUGUUCUCGUUGAAACGACACACAAUCAAAAGUAUGGAAAAAACACAAACCCUAGAAACCAGUCCAACAAGUACGACCGUUUUUCCACCGUAAAAUAAAACCCCUAAAAAAAAACGCCGUCGUUUUUUUUUUUUUUUCUUUCUCUCUCAAAUUCACAAACCCUAGCACUCAAAUCUUGAAUUUUUUUUUUCGCAUCAGAGAUGACAUCUUUAAGCAGAGAAUUGGUGUUUCUGAUUCUUCAAUUUCUCGAGGAAGAGAAAUUCAAGGAGACUGUUCACAAGCUGGAGCAAGAGUCGGGGUUCUUAUUCAACAUGAAGUACUUUGAAGAGAAAGCUUUGGCUGGUGAGUGGGAUGAGGUGGAGAAGUACCUCUCUGGAUUUACCAAAGUCGAUGAUAAUCGAUACUCCAUGAAGAUUUUCUUCGAGAUUAGAAAGCAAAAGUAUCUUGAAGCUCUUGACAGGAAUGACAGAGCGAAGGCUGUAGAGAUAUUGGUGAAGGAUUUGAAAGUUUUUUCUACAUUUAAUGAAGAACUGUUCAAAGAAAUUACUCAGCUUUUGACCCUUGAGAACUUCAGGGAAAAUGAGCAGUUAUCCAAGUAUGGUGAUACUAAGUCGGCUCGAAGCAUAAUGUUGGUAGAGCUUAAAAAACUUAUAGAAUCAAAUCCUCUGUUUCGAGAGAAGCUCGUUUUUCCCACUUUGAAGGCAUCCCGCUUGCGUACUCUAAUCAAUCAAAGCCUAAACUGGCAGCAUCAGCUGUGCAAGAACCCAAGGCCAAAUCCUGACAUCAAGACCUUGUUCACUGACCACGCAUGUUCUCAACAGAAUGGGGCCCGUGCACCUACUCCAGUUACUCUUCCAGUUGCAGCCAUUGCAAAGCCUUCAACUUAUGUUCCUCUUGGAGUACAUGGGGCUUUUCCACCAGCUGCAGCGUCUGCCAAUGCUAGUGCUUUAGCAGGAUGGAUGGCAAAUGCCAAUCCCCCCUCAUCUGUUCAAUCUGCUGUUGUUGCUGCUUCAUCAUUAUCUGUUCCAUCCAAUCAAGUUUCCGUUUUGAAGCAUCCAAGACCAUCUUCAACUGCUCUUGGAAUGAUAGAUUAUCAAAACUCUGAUCAUGAACAACUAAUCAAACGUCUGCGGACUGCACAACCUGAUGAUGGCACGUAUCCUGCUCCCCCCCAACAUGUUUCCUGGUCACUUGAUGACUUACCAAGAAACGUUGCUUGCACCAUCCAUCAGGGGUCGUCUGUGACAAGCAUGGAUUUUCACCCUUCUCAUCAGACAUUACUUGCUGUUGGUUGCAGCAAUGGUGAAAUUGCGCUAUGGGAUGUUGGACUGCGAGAAAAACUGGUAUCAAAGGCAUUCAAGAUAUGUGAUUACAAUGCUUGUUCUCAGCCUUGUCAGGCUGCCUUUGCCAGAGAUUCAUCAAUAUCUGUCAGCCGUGUUUCAUGGAGUCCUGAUGGAAAUUUGAUUGGGGUUGCAUUUUCAAAACAUUUGGUACAUUUGUUUGCUUACCAGGGGCCUAAUGAUCUACGCCAGCAUUUGGAGAUUGAUGCUCAUUUUGGUAGUGUAAAUGAUUUAGCAUUCUCACACCCAAAUAAGCAAUUAUGUGUUGUAACUUGUGGAAAUGAUAAGUUAGUCAAGGUAUGGGAUUUGGCUGGAAGAAUUCUUUUUUGCUUUGAAGGUCAUGAAGCACCUGUUUAUUCUAUUUGUCCUCACCACAAGGAAAAUAUUCAGUUUAUAUUUUCAACAGCUAUUGAUGGGAAAAUUAAGGCUUGGUUGUACGACAAUGUGGGCUCAAGAGUUGACUAUGAUGCUCCUGGACAGUGGUGCACCAGAAUGCUCUACAGUGCUGAUGGAAGCAGAUUGUUCUCUUGUGGGACGAGUAAAGAUGGGGACUCUUUCCUAGUUGAAUGGAAUGAGAGUGAAGGAGCAAUAAAGAGGACAUAUUCUGGGUUUAGAAAGAAGUCUAAUGGUGUUGUGCAAUUUGACACAACAAAAAAUCACUUUUUGGCUGCUGGUGAAGAUAACCAGAUAAAGUUUUGGGAUAUGGACAGUAAUAAUGUUAUCACUAGUAUAGAAGCUGAUGGCGGGCUUCCCGGUCUUCCUUGCUUGAGAUUCAAUAAGGAGGGAAAUCUGCUUGUUGUUACUACGGCAGACAAUGGGUUCAAGAUUCUUGCAAAUGCAGAUGGUAUCAGAACCUUGAGAGCAAUUCAAGCUCGAUCUUAUGAAGCAUCCAGAGCACCUACUGAGAUGAAGGUAUUUAGAUCUGCAAUGGUUGGAAACAUCAAUCCGGUCAUUGCUAAAGUGGAAUGCGUAGACAGAAGCUCUCCUGCAAGGCCUACUCCCAUCCUUAAUGGAAUUGAUCCGAUCAGUAGAAGCGUAGAAAGGCAAAAAAGUUUAGAUGAUGUAUCUGAUAAAACCAAAGCUUGGGAGCUCGUUGAAAUUGUUGAACAUGUUCAGUGUCGAGCAGUUACCAUGCCAGAUAGUACAGAUCCUGAUAACAAGGUUGCUCGACUUCUUUAUACAAAUUCUGGUUUUGGCAUUCUUGCGCUUGGUUUUAAUGGAGUCCAGAAGCUAUGGAAGUGGAGCCGUAAUGAACAAAACCCAAGUGGAAAGGCCACUGCCAGCAUUGUUCCACAACAUUGGCUACCAAACACCGGUCUUGUUAUGACUAAUGAUGUCCCAGAGAAUUAUGAAGAGGCAGUUCCGUGCAUAGCACUCUCAAAGAAUGAUUCCUAUGUAAUGUCUGCCUGUGGGGGAAAAGUUUCACUGUUCAAUAUGAUGACUUUUAAGGUAAUGACUACUUUUAUGGCACCUCCACCAGCCUCAACCUUCCUUGCUUUUCAUCCCCAAGAUAAUAACAUCUUAGCAAUUGGAAUGGAAGACUCAACCAUUCACAUCUACAAUGUUAGGGUGGAUGAGGUCAAAACAAAAUUGAAAGGUCACCAGAAGCGUAUUACUGGUUUAGCUUUUUCCUCCAACCUUAAUGUCCUGGUUUCAACAGGUGCUGAUGCCCAGAUUUGCUUUUGGAACACUGAAUCUUGGGAGAAGAGGAAAUCAAUUACAAUUCAACUACCUGCUGGAAGGAUGCCUGUUGGUGACACUCGUGUGCAGUUCCACUCUGAUCAAGUCCGCAUGUUGGUGUGCCAUGAGACUCAGCUAGCAGUCUAUGAUGCUUCCAAGAUGGAACGAAUUCGGCAGUGGGUACCACAAGAUGUAUUAUCUGCACCCAUAUCGUGUGCCACAUAUUCCUGCAACAGCCAACUAGUUUAUGCUUCUUUUGCUGAUGGUAACAUUGGAGUAUUUGAUGCUGAUAAUCUGAGAUUAAGAUGUCGUAUUGCCCCAUCCGCAUACCUAUCCCAGGCAUCGUCCAACAGCCAAACUCUAUCCCCGCUAGUUGUUACUGCACACCCACAGGAGCCAAAUCAAUUGGCUGUUGGGAUGACAGAUGGAUCUGUUAAAGUUAUAGAGCCCUUGGAAUCAGAGGGGAAGUGGGGAGUCGCAGUGCCUGUUGAUAAUGGAAUGCAGAAUGGCAGGACAGCUUCACCUUCCAUCGCCAACAAUCCUGCUUCAGAGCAGCUUCAAAGAUGAAAAACAUGUGCAUUACAAAAUCUUAAUUGAUAGUUUAUUCGUGUAUAAUAGAUGACUAGUACAUUGGCUUUUCAUAGAUGCCUCACCAAAUGCGUGAGCAUAGGAAAAUGGAUUACAGCUGGUUAAAUUUGUGAAUAUUAGAUAUUAUUUUCUCUGACAGUAGUGACAUUUAUUUAUUUCUUGAAAGGUUUAGUUAA